AUGACCGAUGACGACCCCCAUCUGUCACUAGCCACCCCCGACACCCGCGUUGGCUCGCUGGCCUCGCACUUCUACCCCUUCGCAACAUCCCCAGACAUCAUCCGCUCGCACGAGAAAGACGUCUUCCUCACCAGCGGCCUAGUCCAACAAGCUCAAUCCAUCGUCCGCACCCUUCGCGGCGCCCGCUACGCCCACACCCACUCCGACGCCAUCAAACACCUCACCGAGCUCCUCUACUUCUCCCUCACCACAGCCAUCGGCAACCGCACCCUCGGCGAAGAAUACUGCGACCUUGUCCAGCUGGAAGAUGACACCCUCCGCUUACCGGCUAUCACCCGGCGUGUCGGAUACAUUCUCAGCAGCAUCCUAGUACCCUGGUCACUACAGCGAUUGCUGCCAGCGUUGCGGCAGCGCGUACGCAACAAGCUCGAGCGCAGCAUUGCAAAGCAACAGCUCCGAGCUGCGCAGCAGGCUGGCCUGCUCAACUUUAAUAAACCUUCUUCCGGCGCGGCGAAAAAGGAGCAGAAGCCGUUCUUGACGAAACUUCGUAUCCAGCAGUAUAUCCUCGAACAUCUUGACUCGAUUACCUCGGUCUCGCCUAUCUAUGCACUCAGCAUUGCGACGUUCUACUUCACUGGCUCGUACUAUCAUCUCUCCAAACGCAUUUGGCGUCUGCGAUACGUGUUCACCAAGAGAAUUGAUGAGAAUGAGCAGCGUAUUGGAUACGAGGUGCUCGGCGUGUUAAUGGCGUUGCAGAUUGCGGUGCAGGGAUUCCUGCAUGUUCGCAAGAUUGGCGCGAGCAUGAAUGAAGACCAAGAUGAGUCUUCGGGGGCUGGGGAGAAUCGCUCAGAAGCUGGGGCACUCAUCCCAUCAAUCCAGAACCCCCUUACAGUGCCCCUACUUCCUGCGUCGACGGCCCGGUACGAUCUCGAUGAAGAUCCCGGGGCGGUAGCGUGGAUUCCGGACGGUCAGCAGCGGAAAUGUACAUUAUGCUUGGAGGCUUUCAAGGACCCCAGUGUGACGACUUGUGGGCAUGUGUUCUGCUGGAUUUGUGUAAGGGACUGGGUGAGGGAAAAGCCCGAGUGUCCACUCUGUCGGCAGGAAGUGCUGUUGUCGAAAGUACUUCCCCUGAGAGGGUAG